GCCUUCAUGUUACCAUACUUCAUUAUGCUGGUGUUCUGCGGCAUUCCUCUCUUCUUCCUCGAGCUGUCCUUCGGUCAGUUCGCCAGCCUGGGGUGUUUGGGAGUAUGGAAGAUCAGCCCUAUGUUCAAAGGUGUGGGCUACGGCAUGAUGGUGGUGUCCACCUACAUUGGGAUCUAUUACAACGUGGUCAUUUGCAUCGCCUUCUACUACUUUUUCAUGUCCAUGACAAACUUGCUGCCAUGGACCUACUGCAACAACCCCUGGAACACGCCAGACUGCAGCGGGGUGGUGGGCGGUAGCCAACGGUUCAAUGCCAGCCUGGCUAAUGCUACCACAAACCUGGUAGCAGGGGUGUCAGAGGUAGUCAACCGCACCAAGAGGACCAGCCCCAGUGAGGAGUACUGGAGACACUACGUGUUGAACAUCUCUGAUGAUAUUGGGAACUUUGGAGAGGUCCGUCUUCCUAUUCUGGGCUGCCUCGCUGUGUCUUGGUUUGUCGUCUUCCUCUGUCUCAUCAGGGGCGUUAAAUCCUCUGGAAAGGUGGUGUACUUCACAGCCACAUUCCCCUAUGUUGUUUUGACCAUCCUGUUCAUCCGUGGCAUCACCCUGGAUGGAGCCAUCAACGGCAUCAAGUACUACCUGACUCCACAGUGGCAGAAGGUCCUUGAUGCAAAGGUGUGGGGAGAUGCAGCGUCCCAGAUUUUCUACUCUCUGGGCUGUGCAUGGGGUGGUCUUAUUACCAUGGCUUCCUAUAACAAGUUCCACAACAACUGUUUCAGAGACAGCAUCAUCAUCAGUAUAACCAACUGUGCGACCAGCGUGUAUGCCGGCUUUGUCAUUUUCUCCAUCCUGGGCUUCAUGGCACACAACCUAAACGUCCCUGUGUCAGAGGUGGCCGACCACGGCCCGGGCCUGGCCUUUGUGGCCUACCCAGAAGCCCUCACUCUGCUCCCCAUUUCACCACUGUGGUCACUGCUCUUCUUCUUCAUGCUCAUCCUUCUGGGACUGGGGACUCAGUUCUGUCUGCUGGAGACUCUGGUGACGGCUAUCGUCGAUGAGAUCGGUACAGACUGGAUCAUCAGGAACAAGACCGUUGUCACACUAUCAGUGGCCAUAGCUGGAUUCUUACUUGGAGUGCCACUAACGUCACAGGCAGGAAUCUAUUGGUUGCUACUGAUGGACAACUAUGCUGCUAGUUUCUCUUUGGUCAUCAUCUCCUGCAUCAUGUGCAUCUGCGUUAUGUAUGUUUAUGGUCACACAAACUACUUUAAAGAUGUGGAGAUGAUGCUGGGCUUCCCUCCUCCUCUCUUCUUCAAAGUCUGCUGGAGAUUCAUCUCCCCUGUCAUUAUCAGUUUCAUCCUGAUCUUCACAGUGAUCCAGUACAAACCCAUCACCUACAAUGACUACGUGUAUCCCGGCUGGUCUCUGGCUAUCGGCUUCUCCAUGGCUCUGUCCUCAGUGAUCUGCAUACCCAUCUAUGCCCUCUACAAGAUCUCAAGGUCCCCAGGAGCCACCUUCAGAGAGCGGUUGAAGUUUGCUUGCCGGGCACAUCCAAAGUGGGGCCCUGCCCUGCAGGAGCACCGGACAGGCCGCUACGCCCCCAUGGCAUCCGAAGACACUGUGGAGGCUCGUCCCCUCAAGGAAAAGGAGGAGCUGAAGGAGGAGCUAAAGGAAGAGCUGAAGGAGGAGGAAAAGGAUAGAAAGGAUGAGAUCAGCCUCACCAUCCAGGGAAGCAACGGCUCCACUAACACACACAACAACCCCAACCCCAGCGCAUAGACGGCACUCUGCUCUGUCAGCGCUACCGGGUGCAGCUCACGUGCCCCACCAUCUCUUCCUCCCUUCUCCUCCCUUCUCCUCCAUCCUCACCCCACUUUCCCACAGUCCUCUGUGGGGGAGAUCCCAUUCGCUGGAGACCUUUACAUAUUGUAAGGGCUUAUUAUAUCUAUCCUAACCUCUUCUAUCUAUCUGUGUGUUGUCUCUAGAUAAAUGAAGAAGAAAAAAAAACGAAAGGAAGAAAAAAUUGGAUCAUCAUCCAAAAGAUUUGUGUGUAUGUUAGUGUGUGUGUGUGUGUGUGUGUGUGUGUGUGUGUGUGUGUG